AUGGAUAAAGCUAAGAAGGCCGUUUCCAACUUCCUUUCCAAGGAUGGCAAGCACGACACCACCAUCGACCAGGAUGUCCGUGAUCCCGUUGUCAAGGAGCAGGUUCGCCCUCAGAGACACGAGGAAGUUAUCACCGCUGUUGAUCAGGAGAUCCACCAAGACCAUCACCAGACUGUCGUGCAGCCUCUCAACGUCAAGGAGACCCUCCCCGAGAAGCACUCGCACAACAUGGUCGGCGUGAACGAAAAGUCGGUCAACCACGCCAACGAGGCCGAAACCAAGGCCGCUCUGAAGCAGGACGCCGCGCAGUACACCAGCGAGCGCAACGUCGCCGACACGGAGCACAGCACGUCGACCGGCGCCGCCAUCACCGGCCAGCGCACUCACCACCACGUCCACCACCACGUCCAGCCCGUGAUCCAGAAGGAGACGAUUCAGCCCGAGGUUGUGCACACGACGAUUCCCGUCCACGAGGUGCACCAGGCGGCGGCCAUCCACCACGAGACCACCAUCCUGCCCACCAAGACCAUGGAGGAGUUCCUCGGCGGCAGCGGCGGCAACGUCGCCGCCUCGUCGACGCCCAAGAAGAUUGCCGAGUUUGACGGCUGCCCCAGCCUCAAGGAUAAGGCGCUCCAGAAGGAGCAGGAAGCCGCCCACGGCCACAGCCACGGCACCACCGACGCCAUCGGCAGCAGCAAGACCAAGACGGCGGCCAAUGGACUGGGUCAGACCACACAGUCCAAGACACCCGUCAACGCUGCUUAG